CUCUAGGGGAUCAAGACUUCGACAAAGUAAAGGAAAAGUCAUUUGUCAUCUUUAAGGUAUUUUUUAUUCAUUUUUUUUUUUAUUUUGUUUCGUUCAUUUCUGAGAUGGAGAGUUAACUUAUUUUGCGUUUAAUGUACGGGAAAAAUGACUAUCAGUAAUUAUUUUAAAAUAACAGCAAACAGCGAAACAUUUAACGUUAAUAAGCUCUCCCAAACGAUUCCUGAGCUGAAUUUGAUUAUAAGCCACAAACUAAAAUUUGACAACAAAAAUAUUCAAAGGUCAAAGUCAUGUUCUGUGUCACCUUUUCAGUAACUUUAAAAGGGAGCAAAAGGUAAAAACUGGGUUUUUCAGUUUGGCACUGAAUUUUGUCGGAAGAAAAUUUUGAUGGAUAAAAGGGCAAUCACAUUGUCUCUCAUUGUACCAUAAUUUGAGUUUUUCAAACCUCACUCGUUAUUGGGUCUAAUAGAGCCUUGGGGUGGUUUCUAUAAUAAGAGGACAUUCGAAUUAUCAUUGCAACCAUUCCAAACAAAAUGCUUAGUUCCAUCUAACCUUUGUUCCAUCUAUUCGUUUAAUUAUCAUUAAAGCUUAUAUACUUAACCUUCGGUAGAAACAAUUUCAUUUGCUCUAUUGCUAUAUCAUUUAUUAUCUUCAAUUCUCAAUCAUUGAUCCUAGUUUGAUUUUCCUUCCGUGACGCACAAAAAAAUCUCCAAAAAAUAAUUGAAAUUAUUUUCUUUCGGACAAAUGUUGAAACACAAAUCAAACAAAAUUGAUAUAUUAAUGAUGUAGACAGACUCGAGAAAGAACUAAACAACACUCCAUGAAUGAGCCCACUUGCCGAUAAAAUUUGUCGGUUAAGUUUUCGAAUGGAAUCUUUGUCAAAAGAAAUUAUAGAAACCUACAGUAUAUUCAGCAUUUUGUUGUGACAAUCUUUUCUUCUCCGCAUUUGCAUCUUACACUUCUUAAAUUGAAACAUUUGAGCGUUGCUUUUAUGUUCAAAUGGAGUAGAAAAGUGUCUUUUUUAAUUACUCUUUUGAUACAUACUUAUAAUGUCAUUAAACAGUUUGCAAGGAACCAAUAGAAAAAAGUUAAUAUUUCCACACUGUUUGCUAAUUAAUCCAAACAAAAACUUAAGGCACACUCAUUCAUGUCAGAUGUUUAAAUAAUAAUGUUGUCCACUUUAUUAUUUUGUUUUUACUUUGUUUCUAUUCAAUACCGUCAGAAAAAAAGAGAGACCUGUUAACAAAAACAGCUGAUGACAUGAUAGCAAAAUCAGAUUUUUCUUCUGCAGUAAUACGAGCAAACUAUGAUUCUGUGAAAUUUUCGGGCGUUUAAGGAGCGAAAUACCAGCCAGCUAAACAUCAAAAUAAAACCUGGAAAACGUUUGGUUAGUGAAGUAAAAGGUGGACUGCUUUUCUCAAAAUUGUUGCCUGCUUAUCACCGUAAACAGCCGCUUAUAAGAUCCCCCAUCCCCCAAUUAUAAACCCUCCAGUUAUAGGCUCAUCUACCCGUAAACAAUGAAAUUACAUCCAAUCAUAAGUCAUCCGGAUAUAUCCCCCCUCUUGCUGGUAUUGAAAUGGAUUCGAUUCAUUAUGACGUUUUGAAACCUAAUUAAAAACCAGUAAAUACAAAACGUAUUUUGAUCAGCACUGUCAUAGCUUGUUUAAAAACGCUUUUUGAAGUUCCCUCGGAUAUAGCCCACUCCGUUUUUAAGCUCGAGCAUGUAUAAGCCCAGAGCUUAUAAGCGGCAGUUUACUCCAGCUGUAUCUGUCUGUUAUGUGCCCUUGAUAUGGAUUGAAAGACCACCAAAGCAUGUUCAUUAUCGCACGGUUUGCAAAGUUACGUUUUAUAGUAAUAGUACCUAUAAGUGUUUCAAGAAUUAUAAUUUUAAAACUGUGAUUCCGGCAAAAAAGAUGUAAGCCUUUUAAACUGAACUGAACCAAUUAUAUCUGUUUAGUUCAGUUGUUAAUGUAUUUUUUAUUAUCAGUCGAGUGUUAUCGGUUGAAACUAGAAAAGACUGCAACUGUAGAUGGAAACAACGUUUACUCUAUAACAGUCCCCACAACAGGAAUAAUGUAAACAAUGUUUGAUUCUGGCCUUCUAUUUCAAACAGGUCUCCCACACAACUCAUGAAUUCAAUUAUGUGGGUGUACGUGCUGGUCUUUGUCUUUGCUAUUCAAGGUAAGUAUUCCUAUUGUUACACAUUGUUUUAAAUCCAGGUAACCAACAGCACAAUGGGGAAGGUUAUUAACAGCCGAGAUUGCUGCUGUAGCUGGAAAUAAUCUCAUGUUGUCCUGGCUUUCAGUAAUGAGGUUCUCUUUGUUCAUAUAAUUUUAUUACUUUUUUUACCUUCUUUCUUUAAUUUCAACUAGAUUUCUUAAUGUAACGCAAAAUACGAAAAACGUUAACACCUGCCUAGCCUUUACUAAAAUGAGUGGGUAAAAGAAAAAAAUUAAAUGCUCUGCGAAGAUCUAGUGCAUGAGUUCGGGAAAAAAAGGGGUUG